GGAGCGAGCCUCCUGACUGAGUUCCCCGAGUUCCAGAGGGCGCUUCGGGUCGAGUGCAUCCGGCGCUACGCGAGCCGGUCCAGGAUGCUCGAGUGGUUCGCGGAGAGCACGGAACGCUGCAAGUUCGCCACCGCGGGCGGGUUCCUCCCCGACCAUUGGGCGUGCAGGUGGGCCGCGAGCUCGCCGCCAGGGGUGCUCCCCGCGACCCCUCCGCCCGCGCUGCGGCGCGGGGAGCGGGCCAGCGGUGCAGCCAACUACGCGGCGUACAUCCUCCAGGUCGCCUGGAGGAAGUACUCCGCGGUCAAGAGGCAGGACAGCAACAUCGCCGAGGCUCCGUUUGAGAUGAAGCUGAAGGCCCACCCGGGGAAGAAGUCCCCGGCGCCCUCGGCGGACUUCGAGAGCAGGGUCAUCCACAUGAUCGAGAGCCUCGCGGCCGAGGUGAAGGAGGUCAAGACGAAUUUGGCGCGGUUCACCGAUGGCGACAGGCUGUGAGGAGUGGAGCAGCAAAGGGGCGGCGGAGCGCCGCGUCGCGCACCGCCCCGCCCCGGCCGCCAACCAGGUCAAGACGAAUUUGGCGCGGUUCACCGAUGGCGACAGGCUGUGAGGACCCGCUGUCUCGCUGCCCUCCUCGCUGCUUCGCCGCCCUCCUCCGCCUCCACGCUGCCUCCUGCCCCCUCCUCCCUCCCUUCUCCCUCCCCCUCCCCCUC